AUGCAAAAUACGUUUGCUGAUAAAACUAGUAAAUAUGCUAUUUUGGAAAUUCUUGGUGAAGGUGCAUUCGGAUGUGUUCAUAAAGCUCGUCAUCGUGAAACAAAUGAAUAUGUAGCAAUGAAAAAAGUACAUAUGAAAAAAACACGUGAAGGUAUUCCAACAGCAAUUUUAAGAGAAGCAGCAUUUUUAACAAAGAUGAAUAAAUCAGCUCAUCAGAAUCUCAUCAAAUUGAAAGAAAUAAUUAUUGAUUCAUCACAAGACGAUAACCAGAUAGUUGUAUUUAUUUUUGAAUAUAUUGAAUAUGAUCUUGAUCGGUAUCUUAAAUCUCAUCGACCAUUAAACAUCAAUAUUAUUCGGAGUCUUACCGAACAAUUAUUAACAGGUGUUUCUGUUUUACAUAAUAAUUCUAUCUUUCAUCGUGAUAUUAAACCUCAAAAUAUUCUAAUUACGUCCAAUGGUAUUUUAAAAAUAGCUGAUUUUGGUUUAGCAAGAGAAUAUAAUUACACGAAGUUGCUAACAUCAGUCGUUGUUACAAUGUGGUAUCGUGCGCCUGAAGUACUGCUACAAGCCUCUUACAAUAUGGCUGUGGAUAUUUGGAGCGUGGGAUGUAUAUUCGCUGAAAUGGCCUUUGGCAAAGCAUUAUUUCCCGGAAAGACGGAAAUUGAUCAAUUGAAAAAAAUAAUAUGUUUAUUUGGUUUACCAGAUAAAAGCGAUUGGCCCGAUAAAGCCAAAAUUACCCGAGAGUCAUUUACAAACUGUAAUAAAACAUCGACAACACUAGAACGUUUAAUUAGAUUUACCGAUAAAUGUGCAUCCGAUCUUUUACAAUCCUUACUGGAAUUUAAUGCAAAAAAUCGUUGUUCAGCAAAGAAAGCAUUACAGCAUGAUUUUUUCAGAAAAUCUGAUCAUACAAUGUGUACAGUUUCGUUCGAUGAUCAAUCAUUGUCAACAGCUGUCGAUGAUAUUUUUGAUUAUAAACAAACGUAUUUAGAUACAAUAAGUCCGUGUGACACAAAUUCUGAUUAUGAAAUUCAAAGUGUUCGAUCAGAAUUUACCGAUUCAUUUGAUGUAUUUCAUUCACCACCCAUGCUGUUAUACGAUGAUUCAUCACCAAUUGAUGUUUUUGCAUGGUACUGUCCGACUUCUCCUUAA